UGGAAGAACCCUAAAUUUUGGGCGAUGCGAUGGCGCCAUUUACAAAUCCGGGGCUUCUACACCGCCGAGUACAUUGGCAAGAAGAAGAAGCUCGAGACCAAGUCACUGGCGGCCGGAUGCCUGGAUUUCCUCGCUCAGUCGCUCACCAAGAUACAGCCCUCGCAGAUUUCCGCCAGCAAGGAGCAGCGAUCAUGGCAGGACGCUUGCGCGGACAGCCCCGACGAUCAAUUUGCCGAGGACGACGAGGAACCCAGGCCGGCGAUCCCCGUGAUUGUGAGAGAAUGCUGGGAUCCACAGCUCCGGGCGUCCGUGGAUCAGAUCCUCCAGCUCAAGAUGCGCGCCCAUCCCUCGAGCUACUUCCACGCGAUCCGGGAUUGCACGAGCAAGAAAGCCCUGCUCGAGGGGACGAUGCUCCACGCCCAUCUGUGCAAGGGAGGAUUCAAGCCCAGCACUGUUCUAGGGAAUCUCUUGAUCCAGAUGUACGGCGUGUGUGGCCGUGUCGACGACGCCAGGGCAGUGUACGACACCCUCGAGUUUCGCAACGUUUUCUCCUCCAACAUUAUGAUCGCGGCAUAUGCCCAUAAUGGGCAUUUGCAGGACGCCGUGGAUGUGUUCCAGUCCUCGCGGGCUACCAACGUGGUGACAUGGAACACCAUCGUCGCGGCAUAUGCUCGGAAUGGUGGGCUUGAGGAGGCCGCGGCAUUGUUUGAGAGGACGCCGGGUCGUAACGUGGUGUCAUGGAAUAACAUGAUAUCCGCAUAUGCCCACUCUGGGCAUCGUGGCGAUGCCAUUUUUCUCUUCCGGAAGAUGGACCUCGAGGGCAUGGCACCAAAUCGGGUGACGUUUCUACAUGCCCUAGAUUCCUGUUCCAGUGUGGGCGAGGGUCUCUGCGUCCACGGGGAGAUGCUCCAGUCGAGCGUAGAAUUCGACGUAGCCGUAGGUACUGGACUGGUAAUAAUGUACGGCAGGUGUGGGUACGCCGGAGCUGCCAGAUUCGUCUUCGACCGGCUCGGGACCUCCGACGUGGUGGUGUGGACGGCCAUGAUCGUCGCGUACGCGCAGGCCGGGGACACGUUUGACGCCAGGUCGGUGUUUGACCGGAUGCCAGCGCGGAGCUCCGUGACGUGGAAUGCCAUGGUGGCGGCCUAUGCCUUUAAUGCCAACGCUACGUCGGCGCUCGCGGUCUUCAAGCUCAUGGACCUCGAGGGCGUCCCGGCCACGAAGAUCAGCUUUAUCUGCGCGCUCGACGCCUGUUCCAGCAGCUCUUUGCUCGCGGCGGGGAAGACGGUCCACGCCAAUGCGAUCGACAGCGAUCUGGGCGACGAUCUGCCGGUGGCGAAUGCGAUCAUCAACAUGUACGCGAGAUGCCGCGAUCUGGAGCGAGCCAAGGAGAAGUUUUCCUCCAUGCCCAGGAAGAAUCUGGUGUCUUGGAGCGCGAUGGUUUCGGCGUAUGCGCACUGCGGGCAAUCGCGGCAAGGAUUCGAGACGUUCCAGGCGAUGCAGCUGGAAGGAUUGAGGGCGACGGAGGUGACGCUGUGUAGCGUUCUUGCGGCAGCGAGCGGCGCCAACAAGUUCCUGGAUGGGGUUACGUAUUUCCUGACAGUUCCCGAGGACUAUGGCUUCCAGCGGAUCAUGGAUCACUACGUUUCCGUGGCGGACAUGCUCGCCAGAUCCGGCGUGCUCGAUCACGGGCUCGCCAGCGCCAAGAACGACGUGGAUUGUUUGCUUGCGGAGCACAGGCCGCUCGAGAUACCAUCGUGAAGCUCGUUUCAACUUGAAUGUCGCUGAUGCUGUUUCUCAAGGAUAGAUCUCAAGUAUGUGGCUUGGUGAGGCCUGGCAUGCCCAAGGAGCCUGGAUAUGUUGUACAUCAAAGAGAAGAACAUCGGAAACCUCUCGUCGGGAACCCCGCAAGCCAUGGCGGCCUCAGUGAGAGUGUGGUGAUCGGGCGUGGGACAAGCUCCGGUGAUGGUCAUCCGCGAGAAGAGCUGCUGGAUGUAUCAAGAAGGGACAUCGAUAUCAAGAACACCAGGGAACGUUGUAGCAGUUACCUCGGAUGGGCAUUUCUUCAGGGCUCUUGCUUUGCCUCGCCACCGCAAGUAUUGUUUUGAUGGGAUGGCGAACACGAUGGCAUUCUUGGCCACUGGCCACUGGUCGUGAGUUGGUACAUGCAAUGGCGGCCUGGAAGGACGAGUGUCAAGGGCAGAGUGGGUGGGCAUCUAACAAAUUGCCUGGCUUGGGUAUUUUGUGUGCCCUCACGAUCGAGCGAGAGAAACGGUGUAUAGUAAACAAGGUAUGGCGCUUGUGAAGAUAUGGCGGCUAUGGGAAAGGACGAUCAUCCUCCUACAUGCUCCUGGCAACAAGCAGAGUUUGCAAGCCCAGCAAGCUCAAGAGUGGCGAGGAGCAUUUCCCAGACGAUGAACUCAACCGCUUUUGUCUGGCGGCACUGCAACAGGGCACAAGUUUCCAAGACCCCGACCACCCGGACUCAAGGACUGACUUGGCUGUGGUCGGCUAAGUGGAGAUCAUCCGAUGGUGGAGUGGAGCAGUUGCUUGACUGCUGAAGAAGAUGACCAAACUUAUGGUAAGCUGUUCUUCCGUUCCUUAACGGGCUGGCCCUCACGGUUAAGGUAAUCGGACCAUCCGUGGCCGUGGAUUGAGAAAUGUUACAGUACUUCCAGUAGCUGAGGAUUCUUGCGAUCCCUUCAACGUCUUCCUGCCUUCUUCUCUGUGAGCUCCACUGUUCGCUGCUUCUCUUCCAGCGAGUCGACCAGGUCCUUUGCAAUUUCAUGAGAGACGUGGAGUUACAAGAAUCUUGCUCUGCAGCGUCCAUCAGUGAUCAACAGCGUCUGGUGCAGCAAGAAGAUCCAAUUACACCAGUGCUUAUGAGGCGAAAUCUUCUUGAUGCUGAAGAAGAUGACAGUAAGCUAUUUGUGCCCCUUUUGUGGCUUUUAGUGCUCCAGCGAGGAACACCUACGCACUGCAGCUGUCGCUGGGGAUUCUCGGUAAUUUUCAAGCAAGAGAAGCAGUAUAUGGCCCUUGGUGAUCGCUUGGACUACCUCGAAGGAAGCUCUACCUCUCUACUGCAGCAUCCAUCAGUGAUUAUCCAAGGAUUACAGGUCUAUGCCACUUUGACGCUCCAGAUGAACACUAAACGCUUUUGCGGCUUACGACUCAAAUCUGAGCCGGGGUUGCAUACUUUUGUUCGUGGAUCUCAAGCUGUGAGAUGCAGGUUUUGUAUUCCAUUUUGAAGUAAGACACAUGCCAGCAGCGUCUGGCCUUCAUCCAACAAACAAGUUCUUGACCCGCUGGAUGCUUAUGGACAAUAUCCUUUGGCGGACAGCUUCCGACUCCACCAUCCUGCUUUCCAAUCCUGCUUUCCACUAAGUGUGAGUCUAUCUUGUGUUACGUUUUCCUCUCUCCACGCUUAACACUUGCUUGUAAAGGUUGCGUUGCGGGUGGUGGUCGUUCUGUUCUUUCCAUCACGGGCUGCAUGGAAGCUCCUCUACAAGGUGGCUACAAUCCACGCAACGAGUAAGAGGGUGUAAGUAGCUUGCCGGGAAGAGGUGACUGGGAGAUCAUCGUGCCUGAGCGAGGAAAGCGAGGAGAGCUGGCUAGCUUGGAAGAAGAUAGGCUCACCUUGGUGAUCACCGUGUUUUUUACCAAGGCUCCUAUGAUCAAAGGAAGAUGCUUUCAUCUGUUCAAAAUUUCACAACAAGAACAAUCUUUGUAUUA